AUGAUCAGCAGGAGUUCGCUGCAAUUUUGCCUCAUGCUGCUCUUCUCCAGUGAAAUCUCAUGUCUGGACUGUAACAGGAUUUAUGUUCUACAAACCAGAAUGAACAGCGAGAGUUUAGAGCAUCUGGAGAAAAUGGGUGGAAACUUUCCCUUCCAAUGUCUAAAUGAAAGGACAGCUUUCAAGACCAGAGAUAUCCUCAAGAUCCAACUGUCCCAGGAAAAGAAUGCCAAGGUAGCCAUCCAGCAGAUCCUCCAAGAGCUCUUCCAUAUCUUUACCAACAAUCUCACCCAAGCUGCCUGGAAUGGGACUUCCAUAAAGGAAUUCCAAAACGGUCUUCACCAGCAGAUUGAGAAGCUGGAGACAUGUUUGAGUGCUGAGAAGGGAAAGGAGAUAACCUACCCAGGAAAUGAGAACCUCCUGCUCACCAGCCUCAAACUGAAGGGAUACUUCCAGACAAUAGAUGAUUUCCUGAAAGAAAAGCAAUACAGCCUGUGUGCCUGGGAGAUAGUCCGUUUGGAAAUAUCCAGAUGUUUUCCAAUUCUCAACAUACUCACAAAAAGACUUGAAGAUGAAGGUACCAUAUAUUGGUUUUUCCUAGAAAAACUCAAAUAUUAUAUGAAUAAAACAGCUGAAGAGAUAGAGGUCAUAAUUUUAUAA